AGAACAAUCACUAUACCUUAUAAGUUAAUUAUUUAGUAUGCUAGGAAGUGACAAGUGAUAUGUAAAAUAGAAGUAAAAAGAGAGGAGAGUGAGGACAAUCUGGGAGGAUGGGAUGGAGGGGAUGGGAACACUGAGAUUUUAAAUGGGGUGUUCAGGGAUAGAACUGGUUAAGAACGUGAUGUUUGAGAAAAUAUUGGAUCCAGUGAAGAAUACAGAAAUAAGAGUGUCAGACUGCGUGAAGUCAAUGUCCCACUCGAUAUUCUGAAUGUCAGUAGUUGAUUCAAAUAAAUGUUCACUUGAUAAAACAUUUUCACUUUAAGAGCAGGUUCACAGUUCUUUGACUUUGAUUAUGAAAUGCACAUAACUAACUCAUUUUAUUGUGUAAAAAUAAAUGAGUUUGGGAUUUAUACUAGGUAUUUGUUUUUUUUUUUUUUAUUUGUUAGCUUUCCUUUUCUACCUACUCUUUAUUUAUUUAUUUAUUUUCUUUUCAGAUAAAUAAAGGAAUUCAUGAUGGGAUUUGAGAAUUACACUUCUGGCAGUGAUUUUAUUCUCUUGGGACUGUUCUCUUCUUCCCAAAUAAGUCUGGUGUUCUUCUCCUUUAUAUGUAUCAUUUUUGUUAUGACUGUAACAGAAAACACAGUCAUGAUCUUCCUUAUCCGUAAGGACUUACGACUCCAUACUCCUAUGUAUUUCCUGCUCAGCCAUCUCUCUUUCAUGGAUAUCUUGCAUAUUUCCAGCAUUGUUCCUAAAAUGGUUGCUGACUUCCUGUCAGGCAACAGAACAAUUUCAUUUGCAGGUUGUGGCUUCCAGAUAUUUCUCUCCCUCACUCUCCUAGGUGGUGAGUGCCUCCUUCUAGCAGCAAUGUCCUAUGAUCGCUAUGUAGCCAUCUGUCACCCACUGUGCUACCCCAUUCUUAUGAAUGAACAUAUCAGCAUUCUCAUGGCUAGUGGGUCCUGGCUAGUGGGGAAAAUCAACUCCACAGUUCACACAGCUUAUGCACUCCACUUCCCAUUCUGUGGCUCAAGGGCCAUUGAUCACUUUUUUUGUGAAGUCCCAGCCAUGUUGAAGUUGUCCUGUGUAGACACAUUACACUACGAAAGAGGUGGUUAUGUAAGUGGUAUCAUCUUCCUGGUCAUCCUUUUUUCCAUGAUCUUUGCUUCUUAUAUGAAAGUUCUCCUUACUGUCCUCCAGAUGAAAUCAUCAGAAGCACGGAAAAAGUCAUUUUCUACCUGUUCCUUCCACAUGAUUGUGGUCAUGAUGUACUAUGGGCCAUUUAUUUUCACAUAUAUGAGACCGAAGUCCUACCACAUUCCAGGCCAGAAUAAGUUCUUGGCAAUAUUCUAUACCAUUCUCACACCUACACUCAACCCUAUCAUCUACAGCUUUAGAAAUAAAGAUGUUCUGGCAGCAAUGAAAGCUAUGCUUGAAAGUAACUUUCUGCCUAACAGAUGAAUGUAAAGAAUGCUUGAAGUCUAUGUUCUCUCUAUUCCCAUAUUCAAAUCUACAGAAGAUCCAUUAUUAGAUUCCUCUGAGUAAUACAGACUUUUACUGAUAACUUGGCCACAAAAUUUCUGUUUCUCCAUGUGUGGAAAAAAUGGAAAUUUCUGAAAUCCUGAUUAGUAAAAUUAUCACAUUUGUUGGAUUUGUAAAUACAUACCUGUAACAAUGCAUUUGUUCUCUCUGUGGUACUGAUUUUAACCAGCCAAAGCACUUACAGGAAUCAAAAGGUUAGCCAA